GCUGCAGUGCGUCUUUUCCAACCUGAAUCAACCAAUCCAGGCUACCAAUAUAUCUAUCUUCCCUGUCGCGCUCGACAAAAUUUAAGCACCAUGCGAUCCAAACUUGCAGGAGUCCAAAUUAAUCCCUCUCGCGUUAUGGAUAUUCAAUAUCCAGCAAAGAACACUGUAAGCUUAUUGGUACACAACGAUUAUGCCCCUAUCGUCAAACAGCGCCUCAACAAAGCUAAAAUUUCAAUCCUCGAAGACUUCGACCCUUUA